CCAUCAUCGACACGAAAACAGCCUACUCUGCUUUAGAACAAUAUUCGAACCAUUAAAGCAAAGAGUUCUGAUUAUUUCUUGAGCAGCCCACUAUCUCUGCAAAAGAGUCCCCAACCUACUUCUCCGCAAACAUCUUCGGCCACACAAAAUUGUGGCAAUAUGAACAGAGGAACGAGAGUGAUUCUGUCCACGAAGCGGGUUUGCGCCAGCCUCAGAGCGCGGCCUCGAGCGUCGCCCAAGCAGCUCACACACGAAGUGAAUACGUACAGAUUUGGGCAUUCCGAAGCCUCACGGGGAAAGGACUCGGAGUCUCAUCAUAAAGAAGAACGAGAACCACAUUGCUUUGAACCAGCUUCCUUCUCCAAAGAAUUCGACGAACAUAUUCCUUCGAACAAAGCCCGACCUACCCUUAGCGACGCAUAUCAGCACAGUGGAGUCGAUGCAAAGCACCCUAAAAGGCCAGAAAAGAAAGAACUAAGCGAGGAAGACUCUCGCAAGCUGCAAUAUGACGAAGAAGAGGUCAAGAAGCACAACGAGGAUGUAGAACGGCGAUACGACAAGGCAAUCAGCCAGGUUUCGGAUCAGGGUGACAAGGGUGAACUUGGUACCUUGGACACUGAAGUUGAUGAUAAAGGGCAUAUAAGGGGAGAAUAAUGGCCCUAGGGUUAAAUGUUUGUUGUCUGCUGGGGAAAACUCAAGAGCGGUGCAGAAGCGGAUGGAAAGGGGCAUUCGCUAUCGCCUAAAUCAUGAGCGGAGGUUUUGACUUUUGGCAUUGCCAAAAGUCGCAUUCAGCGAAAUAUCGUCAUCGAUACUCAAAAUCAUACUGUAUACAUUAGGUAUGCGAGUAGUAGGAAUGGAGCCAUGCUCAAAAUUGUUG